AUGACUACGUCAUUGUAUUAUUGUUGCAUGGGGCCGUUCUAGCACGUGCUUGUUUUCUCAGCUUUAUCAUAUAGUUUUUAUAAUUUAAUUUUAAGUUUAAAUUAUUUCUUCUAUUCCAUUUACGAUGGAAACUCAUAUUAACUUUCACCAAAUGAAUAUAGACGAUCGAAUACUUAAAGCGAUUGCGAACCAAGGAUGGACAGAACCCACACUAGUUCAAGAACGUGGUAUCCCGCUUCUGUUGGAAGGCAAGGAUAUGUUGGUGAGGGCAAGAACUGGAUCUGGAAAAACUGCAGCAUUUGUUAUACCAGUAAUACAAAAAAUAUUGGAAUUCAAGGAUAUAAAUGCUGAUAGCUAUGGGACACAAGCAUUAAUAUUGGCUCCAAGUAAAGAACUAUGUAACCAGAUCUUUAAGAAUAUACUUCAGUUAAUCAUCAAAUGUUCAAGAGUUAUUAAAUGUGUAGAUAUAUCUGAACAAGUUAGUAUUUUACAAUUGAAAAGUAAAGUUGAAUUUAUAUGA